AUGGCAGACAGCUGUUGUCCCAGCAACCCCAAGGCUGUUUCAGCUGUGCCCACCAUCUCUACGUGCUCCAAUGGUGGCUUCAUUAGAAAUGCUAUCUGUUUACCCAGUUCCUGCCGGUGUAGGACGUGGCAACUGGUUACACAUCAAGAAAACCGUCAAGGACCCAACAGAGCCCCAGUUAGCUCUGAACCUGUUUCUGGCCCAUCAACCUGCUUUCCAGAAACUUCCUGUGUGGGUUUUGUUUGCCAACCCAUAGGUUCCCACACAGCUGGCUGUGCAUCUGACACCGGUGGAACUCCUCAUCCUGCUGCCUCACGCCAGCCCUCCUGUCUGGAAUCUGCUGGUUGUCACACGAUGUGCUAUGAGAACAGCUCCUGCCACCAGAGCUCCUGCCAGGGAUCUGCCUGCACAUCAGGGUCAUGCCAGACAGCAUGUGGCCCAUCUGCUUCCUGUGAUGAUGGAGCCUGCCAGCCAUCCUGCUCUGAAGCAACAUUGUGUGCUGAGACCCCGUGUCUACCAGCCAGCUGUGAAGCUGGCUCGUGCCAACCAACCAGCUGCCAAGGAGGGCCAUGUCAACACAACAAAGGUGAAGGUCAGCUCUGUCAGUUAGUUUAUUACCAACCUAUCUGCUAUGUUCUUAAGUCCUGCCAGCCAGCUCCCUGCAUGCCUGUCUCCUGCCAGCCAGUAACUUGUAUGUGUCCUUGCAGUCAAACUUGCUGUGCGCCCUCCCCUUGCCAGCCACUUCAUUGUCAAACAACACCUAUGAUCUCCUUCAUCUGCCAGCCAGUGGCUCCCUGCCACUCUCCCUGUUUUGUAAAGAGCAGCAGCAAAUCAGCAUCAUGCGUUAAGAUUUCUGGACAACCGACUUGUGGUGAACCCACUCCCGAUCAGAGUGACUGCCAAUCUCCUUCCUGCCAGCCCCCUUGCUGUGUGACUGGUUUAGGCAAACCUUCUAGCAGUUGCCCCGGUUGCUGUCCACUAACCUCUCCAGACAUAUGCCAAGCGGGCACCUGUGAGCCUACUUCCUGA